UCGGAGCGCCUCGCGCACGUUCCGUGUCCAACGCGCCGCCCGCAGAACGCGCUGCCGCCCCGGGCACCGGCCGCGGUUUCGGAUUGCAUUCCCCGCACAGCCCGGCUGCAGACGCUCCCCGGCCGCGCUGCUGCAUGGACUCUGAGCGCAGGGCCCCGGCCGUACCCCGCGGAGGCACACGGCGCUCCCCUCGGCUCCAGGGAGUGCACCAUGAAGACGUCAAUUGCGUUCUUGCUUUGCAUCUCGCUUUUCCCAGGCUUUUCCCAGGGCAGAGUUGUUAGGAAGGAUGAAGCUGGUUUUGCCGAGUGUAACGUGUUCUUCUCUGAACAAGUCCCACCCGAAGGAUUUACGCAGCCGUACCAUGUGAAAAUCUGUCAGCAGUACAAGAAAGAGCCACGAUUUGCAACCCUCUACAGUACUAAGGACAAAAUCCCUCUUUAUUCGGCUUUUAAGUUUACAAAGUCAGCUCAAAGUCGGAAGGAGAACUGGCUGGUUGAACCGCAGAUAGAUGAUCCAGAAAAUGACUUGCAUGAAAUGGUGCGUGAAGCUGAUAUUGGUGGCACUAUGGCCAACCUUGGUGCAAACCAAGCCCUGACCUCAGACUACGUGGGCUCUGGCUACGAGAGAGGCCUUCUCAAUCCCAGUUUGCUCAAUGAGAAGGAUUUCCAGGUGGCCACUUACACACUCACGAAUGCCGUCCCUCUGAGCCCAGCUCUGAGCAAAAGCUGGCACAGAGACAUUGGGAAGGUAGUGGAGCAAGCUCUGAUCCCUCACUGCUCCAAGACGGAUCUAUAUCUCCUUGCAGGUGCGGUUCCUUCCAGUGUCAAAGUUAAAGGCAAGGUGUCAGUGCCAGAGAGCCUCUGGCUGGCAGCCUGCUGUGAUGCUUCAGAGGGAUGGUCCCUGGGACUAGUGAAAAAAACCAGUGAUGAAAACAGCUUGGCAGACCUCACGGUGAGAGAGCUGGAGAAGCAGCUUCUCCCAAGAGCUCGCUUGUUCAAGGGCAACUGUGGGAAAGGCAAACAAAGCCAGGAGAAAAGAGAAGCAGUACUGCAAGCUGUCAGUCAGAUCCGCUCUGGAGAGCAAGUAGGAACAAAAAACGACCAGGAGACCAAAGAGAAUGGCUUGAUGAAAACAGUGGCCGGCAUCAUUGCUACCCCCUUCAUCAAACUUCUGGAACUCCUCAUCUACAUCUUUGUGGAAAUUGUGAAAUUUGUGUUUUACUUUCUGUGGCUUGUUGUAAAGCAAGUUGUUGGCACAAUUCUGGGUGGAGUCUGCAGCCUGUGGAAUGAGAUGGUGUCCUACCUUAAAGCCAUCAGCAUGGUGCUCAUCAGCAUCCCCUAUGAUGUUGGGAGGGUCAUCGUCAACAUCUUCCUGGGCUUCCUGGAAAUUGUUCAAGAUGCGAUGUCCCUCACCUACAGGAUCCUGAGCAUCCCCGUGGAAUUCGUCCUUCACCUUGCUGCUUUCCCUUACCACUCCAUCUGUGCCAUUCCCUCUGUCCUUCAGGACUUGGCCUCUGGGAUCGUGGGCACCUUCUUGCUGGUCAUCGAUGCCACGGCCACGGUUGUGCAUGGCUUUUGUUACCUGGCUUGGCACAUCCUCAAACAGUUUGUGCCUAAAGGCUCUUCUGGCGACUGAGAGGAACAGAAACCAAGGCUGCAGAUACAUGGAAUAAAGGAGGAAUGGGGCAAUGCUUUAAGAUACAUGGCCAAAUGCUGUCAAUUUCAUUCUGGUAUUUAUUGUAGUGACAUUAAUAAUAAUGAACUGACUGGGGAAUUACAAGGAGGGCCAAGGCGGUGUCGCUCGGGGCCACCACCACUGUAACUAGAGUUCUGUCUGCUGUCAAAUGUUCGGGUUUUAUCGGUGCGGGCCACUAAGUUUCUGUGAUUUGCAGGUGUCAAGAGGCUUCCUCUGGGAAAUGCACACUAAAUGUGGUAUGAGGUAAUUUCUUUCUGGCUAUGAUGACACUGAAACUUACGCAGUGGCAGUGAGCUUGCAGAAGUCCAGCCCUUCCAAGGAGCAGAUGGUGGUGGUUAGGGGAGGACAUGAGUUACAGAGGGUUACUGGGACUUGAUGAAAGGAGAGGCAGGCAAGAGUGCAAGGACUUGGGGGUGGGAAACAGCAGGGAGCAGAGUGAAAUAGAGGCAAGGUCCUGCUAUUGACUGCACUGCUCAUUUCUCUGGUGUCCCACUUGUGGAGGGGAGGCAGCUGGGUAUAUCUCACAGUCUUCAGGCCUUUCCAGACAUCUGAAAUUGCAUGGAUCUUGCUGCAAGGAAAGACCCACUUCCCAUUUUUUUUUUGCAUGAUGGGAAAGCAUUUUUCCUUAGCCAUACCAAGGUUGUCUUCCCCCUUCCCCAGCAACCCUUCCUUGCUGUCUGGUGAUCACUGAAGGUCUGAGCCCUGAAUCUUCAAGAUGUGGUGUUCUCUGAAGGUCUAAGCCCACAAAUACCUUAGCCCCGAAGCCCUCGUGUCUGCUCCAAUGCCCAGCAGAUCUGGGAGCCACACUUUUGGAUUCAAAUCUGUUGCAAACUGCCUUGUCUCCCUUGAGAGCUGACUGCUCCUGGAGCACACAGGGGACUAUGGACUAUCAGGUGGGAGGAGAGACAGGAGGGAUCCCGGGCUGCAGCGCUUGUUUUGCUGGGUGCAGAUCCACACACAAAGAGACACCUUAAUGUCAGAGGCAGAACCAACUGCUCUUCUGCACUGCACAUCCUCUCUGCUCACUCUUCACCCCUUCUUCCCUCUGCCAGCAUGAGUCAUGUCCCCCAACAUCUGUGAAAUUGGAGCUGGGGCACAUGUCAGGGCUUUGCAGGGGGCCUGCAAGUGUUUGCAGUCAGAUGAGGGGCACAGAGACAUCUGCCACUACUGGAGAAGGGCACAGGAGUGCUGCCCUUCCCUGGGGCUCAGCAAGGGGCUUUGGAUCUCUUGGUGCAGUUGCCUGCAGGAGGGAGGCUUCCUGUCUCAGCAGCAUUUACUUUGGUGGGACUCCACGAGGUGUUUGGGAGUCCUACAUGCAUGGUUCCUUCCUUUCACACCCAUCUGUGUCUCUGCCUCCAGUGCCAGCUUGGUCUGGACCCUGAUCUACUGUAGCAUCCCAUAAUGAGUCCCAGGAGUGAGCAAGCAGGUGCUGCCAUCCCAGUGCAGUGGUGCUGUGUUGGUGGUGGCCUGCCCUGGGUUGAAGAGAGCUCGGUUACUAACAUGGCAGCUUUGUCUCUGUGCAUCGUGCAGCAAGGCUGAGCUGGCGUGGAUGGAUUCAGAGGGAAAAGGAGAUUUGGUUCAUGAUGGGACAGAGCUGUUUCUUUAUCUCAGGGACUGCGUUCAGUGCAACCAGAUGUGUGUGCACAUCCCAGCCCAGCACACCUGGCCAGGUGGCACCCUGUUCAGCAGUGAUGCAGAUGGCAAAGCUGAGGAUGCCAGCAGUGGUGAUGAAGUGGGGAAGCAGUGGCAUGAAUGGAAAGAGAGGAUGACUCCUUGCCUUGCCCUUCGUGGGCCACUGCUGUUUGGUGGAGAAAGAGAGGCUGUCUGCAAGCAGAACUGGCUUUGUUCAGAAGGAAAAGACUCUUUUGGGUGCCAGUAUGGGUUGCAGUUGGGUAAAGUCAGUGGCAUUUUGCUAUAGGUAUGUUGGGUGCAAGGUCAUGGCUCCUAACAAGCAGAGAGCAGCCAGUGGAUGCUCUCCAAACUGAACUUUUGCGUGUCUGCCCACUCAAGCAUGCCUGGUCUGCUGUCAAGACAGAUGUGGAGCUGAUUUCCCGCUCCUUCAUGAGACCCUGUCUUAACCCUGGUGCUCCUCAAGGGCUACAUGGCAGCUGUGAAGGCAGGAAAGAAGCCAGCUCAGCCCCCAGGGGAUGCUGGGGUGGGGUGACAGGAUCCCCAGCAGCCUCUGAAGGCAGAUGUGAUGGUGGCAGCUCUCAACUGCAGCCCAAGCACUGGGGAGAAGGGGGAGCUGGCCCCCACAGCUGUCUUGCACCUUCUGUGGGACCUUGUUUCUGGCCCAUUUUAGCUGCGUGGCACUGCACAGCAGCCAGCCGUGCACUUCCUGGGGCUCUUCCCUGUGCCUGAGCCCAGCAGCCCCUGCAUCCCAGGUCCACCAGCAUCUCCAGGGCAGCUCUGCAGUCACAGUGACAUGGGGGCUCGUGGGCUGACAAGCAGCAGAGCUGAGGCACCUCAGGAGGUCUGCACUAUCAGUUUGCCACCACCACUGCCACCCCACCUAGCUCAGGCCAGCUUGUCUCUGCUGCAGCCAUGGCUGCUGGCAGCAAGUGGACAGUCCUUGAAAUCCGGGGCGCUGCAGCUCUAUAGGAUUUGGGCAGAGGUGCAACAGUAUUGUAAAAAUUGUCUUAACAUGCUCAGAUUUCAAAUGGUAAGAACAGUAACUGGCAUGGGGCAUUUCUCUUCUGUGCUGCGUGUCUGAGCAGGCAGUGGGAAAUCUGCCUUGAGCAUCGAGCAAUUAUCACAGAACAAGCAACAUCCUGCAAAAAACCACUGUUUGAGAUUCUUCUUAUCUAGGCAUGAUUUAUGGCUCCUGAGCUUUACUCUAUCCUUGGAAAAAUACGGCUUCAACAAAAUAAAAUGACUUUUCCUAA